AUGGUCCAUAUCGAUGUCGUUCGGCAAGCCAAUGCAUUAGCGCAACGGAUAGAGAAUCUGGUGUGCGUGUUCGUUGGUGGCACUGGAGGCAUCGGCGCCACCACAGCGAAAGAAGUGUUCAGGCGGACGCGUACGCCACGGAUUUAUAUCAUCGGAACGAGCGAAGAGAAAGGUAACAAGCUAUGCGACGAACUGAAAGGUAUCAAUGAUGGCGGCCAAGCCAUUUUCAUCAAAAAGGACAUCAGCCUGAUCAAGAAUGUCGACGAACUCUGCGAUGACCUCAAGAAGCGGGAGCCAAAGAUCAAUUGUCUAUUCUUGACUGCAGGCUACAUGUCAUUACAAGGGCGAAAGGAGACGAUUGAGGGGGUUGACAAGAAGAUGAGCGUGAACUACUACUCUCGCAUUCGAUGUGCACUCAACCUCAUACCAAACCUAGAGAGAGCCUCACAGGACCGCGAACUGGCACGAGUCAUCUCGGUCUUGGCCGCCGGCUCAGAAGGCGAUGUACGAAUGGACGACCUGGAUCUAAAGCACAACUUUACUCUCCAUGCUUGCCUGGCGCAUUGUGUCAUCAUGACGGACUUCAUGAUCGAACAACUCGCGGAACGACAUCCAGAUGUCUCAUUCAGCCACUCAUACCCCGGGACGGUGAAGACAGGCAUAGUGAACCAGCUCACUGGGCCUGUAAAGCUAGCGGUGAAGGUACUAUAUGCUGUAAUGACACCCUGGAUCCUGAACGUCAUGGAGUCGGGAGAACGUCACUUUUUCCAGAUAACGAAUGAAUGCUACCCGCCGAAAAGAGGCUCAUCGUUCUGCGGUGUGCCUGCCCCUGAGGAGGCGACACCAAUGAAGGGCAGCAACGGCGAGGUGGGAAGUGGUGCCUAUCUACUCGAUUGGGACUGCAAGAGUGCCGGAGACGGCAAAAUUCUGGACAAAUACCGCGACCUCGGUCUGCCGCAAAAGGUAUGGGAUCACACGCUAGCAAUCUUCGAGGAGGCCGAACGAAGGAAUUCAAAGGGUGGCAAGAGGCGAGGCAGUCCGGCGGAGAGUGACAGACCAAUGCCUAACAUCAUUGGCUGGCGUGCCGGAUGA